UCCAUUUAAAAUACCGAACCCCACGAUCAACCAAAUCAUCGAAUAAAUUUUCUUCUUUCUUUUCGUUAACAAAAAUCAUAACCUAUUAUUAUGGCAUCUGAAAACAAAUCGUCGACGAUUAUUCUCAAAAGUUCCGACGGCGAGACCUUCGAGGUCGACGAGGCCGUCGCUCUCGAGUCGCAAACCAUAAAGCAUAUGAUCGAGGAUCAAUGCGCCGAUACCGCCAUCCCUUUGCCGAACGUCACAAGUAAGAUCUUGUCGAAAGUUAUCGAGUAUUGUAAAAAGCACGUUGAACACAAAGCUGACGAUGACAAGCCUGCUGAAGACGAUUUGAAAUCUUUUGAUGCUGAGUUCGUUAAAGUCGAACAGGGCACUCUCUUUGACCUCAUCUUGGCUGCUAAUUAUCUGAACAUUAAGAGCUUGCUGGACUUGACCUGUCAAACAGUAGCCGACAUGAUAAAAGGCAAGAGCCCCGAGGAUAUCCGCAAGCAGUUCAACAUCAAGAACGAUUUCACCCCCGAAGAGGAAGAGGAGGUUCGCCGUGAGAAUGCCUGGGCUUUUGAAUAAACUUAAGGUCUCAAUAAUUAGGAUAGUGUAAAGCACGACUUCUCGUUUUUAAUUUAGGAAAUCAAGUACUAUUUUAUAUUCUCAUGCUAUUUUGGGUGUUAUGUGUCUUGAUGUUUGGAAUCGGAGCUAUUGUUGAACUUAUUUUUCAAUGGUUUUAAUGGCAACCCUUCAGACUUAUUUUCUUAUUUCA